GCGGGGCUUCCGGUGGGGUGGACCGCAGCUCUCGCGCCUCCGCCACGUCUUGGCCCAGGCUCCGCCGGCUUCACAUAGCGGUUCUCUUGCAAACUUUUUUAAACAGCUGGCUGUUCUUCCUGAAAUGAGUUUGGUGAUUAGAAAUCUGCAGCGAGUCAUCCCCAUCAGGAGAGUGCCCCUUCGCAAGAAGAUUGAGAUUGCAAGGAGUAUUUUAGGAGUGCAGAAAUUUGACCUUGCAAUCAUCUGUGUUGACAACAAGAAUAUUCAGCACCUUAAUAGAAUCUACAGAGAGAAAAAUGUCCCAACUGAUGUGCUUUCUUUUCCAUUUCAUGAGAAUCUGAAAGCCGGUGAAUUCCCACAGCCUGCUUUUCCCGAUGACUAUAAUUUGGGAGACAUUUUCCUGGGAGUGGAGUACAUCUUCCAGCAGUGCAAAGAAGAUGAAGAUUACAACGACAUCCUGACCGUGACUGCCACCCACGGACUGUGUCACCUGCUGGGCUUCACACACAGCACGGAGGCAGACUGGCAGAAGGGGCCCUCCCUGCCUGCGGGCGGCGCACUGCGCGCAGGUGCUGCUCUGAGGUGGACAGAACCAGGUCCCCCCUGAAGGAGCAGCGCCCCCUGGUGGAGGUGCGGAGGUGCUUCUUGGGGAGCCGGCCCGAGGGCGGGGUGCGCUGGCUCCGGGCCAGGCCCAGCGCUUCCUCCUCCCCCCAGAUGCACCAGAAGGAGAAGCUGGUGUUGGACGAGCUGAACCGACGCACGGGAACCAGGCUCCAGCCCCUGAGCAGGGGCCUCUUCUGAUGCCCAAGGCUUCGGACCGGAGGACAGGGUGGGGACGGACCCCUCCCCUCUGGGUCCCAGCUGGAAGCUCAGCUGGCCGCCGCUGUCCCAUGGGCUGCGGAGGCACCAGCGACGUCGGGGCUGCACCCGAGUGGAGCACUGAGGCACAGCAGAAAUGCCCAUUCCUUUCUCUGGGCGGACACGUCAGAUGCUUUUAAAGCUCUAGAAUUGAGAGACAUAAACCUCAUUCUCUUCUCUGGGCGUCUCCUGAUCUUUCCUCAGAAUUCCAGUGCUCUGGUAAAGAGGCACUUCUCGCCCACCUCUGCAGCCGGCUUGGAUCCGCAGGAGGGGCUGCCCUGCUGGGGCCCCAUCCA